AGCACACUCAGUUUUUCACCGAGUGUGUCCGCAGUGUUUUUGACCCACAUCAGCCCUUUGCAAACUGGGGAAAUAAAACUGAACUUUAACUGUUUCCUGUCUGAAACUUCCGACCAAAACUACUGAACAAAGAGCCUGGUCCAAGAAAAUAUCCAGAAAAAAAUAUGCCAGCUCUAAAUAACUUUCAGGGGCCAGUAGCUGGAGUGUUCCUUGAAAAUUCAAAUGAAACCAUUACAAUAUACCAAGCCUACAAGAAGCGCUUGUUAAAUCCAGGAUCAUGCCUUGCACUGCUAGAAGCCCAAGCUGCAACAGGAGGAAUCAUCGACCCAGUCAAAAACAGGACAUGCUCUGUGGAAGAUGCAGUAAAGGAAGGAAUUGUGGGAUGUGAAUUGAAAGAGAAACUUCAGUUAGCUGAGAGGGCCAUCGUGGGCUACACAGAUCCCUACACCAACCAAAAAAUUUCACUCUUCCAGGCCAUGCAGAAAGAUGUAAUACCAAAGGAAUAUGGCAUUAGAUUACUUGAGGCACAGAUCUCUGCCAAAGGGAUUUAUGACCCUAUUGAAAAAUGCUACCUAACAGAAGAACAAGCCUACAGAAGAGGUCACUAUGACGAAAAUCUUUUCAGAGGCCAGAAGGAUGCUCUAAAAGUAUUCUACGACCCAAACUCUCAGGAAAAUCUCACCUAUCCAACCCUGAUCAAGAAAUGCACUGUGGCCCCAGAAACAGGUUUACUGCUGUUCCCAAUAUACAUCACAUUCAAAGGCCUCAGAAGAGGAGUUACCUCUGCAGAGCUCCUGGCAUCAAAAAUAAUUGACCAACAGACAUUUGAAAAUCUACAUAAGGGAAAAACCACAACCCAGGAUGUGAUGCUAAUGGAAACAGUGAAAGAAUAUCUAGAAGGUAAAAAGAGCAUUGGUGGAGUAGCGUUGCUGUCCACGAAUAAGAAAAUGAGCAUCUAUCAGGCAAUGAGACAGGGAAUAAUCAUGCCUGGUACAGGUUUGAUUCUUCUAGAAGCACAGGCUGCAACUGGAUUCAUGAUAGACCCUGUUGAAAACAAGACAUACAGUGUACAUGAAGCCAUUAAACAGAAAAUUGUAGGACCAGAAUACCAUGCAAAACUGCUUGCAGCAGAACGUGCAGUCACUGGUUAUAAGGAUCCAUACACUGGUGAAACCAUAUCACUUUUUCAAGCUCUGAAGAAGGAACUGAUUGUGAAGGAGCAUGGGAUCCGCUUACUUGAAGCACAGAUUGCAACUGGUGGAAUUAUUGAUCCCAUAAACAGUCACAGAGUACCAGUAGAUGUAGCAUACAAGCGUGGCUUCUUCAAUGAGGAGAUGAACGCCAUCCUUGAGGACACUGGGGAUGACACUAAAGGAUUCUUUGACCCGAACACAAAGGAAAAUUUGACAUAUCUGCAACUCCUCGAUCACUGUGUUAUUGAUCCUGCUACAGGACUCACAUUGUUGCCCAUUCAGGAUCCAUCUGGUAAUCGGAAUCACACAUUCAUUGACUAUGACAUCAAAAAAAUCUUCAAGGGUGUCAAGGUAAAAGUGACAUGUGGAAAAUACAUGGGAAUGACAGUUUCACUGUGGGAAUUACUCAUGUCUGAAUACUUCACUGAACAGCAAAGGCAAGAUUUUAUCCAGCAAUACAAAUCCAGAACACUGACUAUUGAAAUUCUAAUCACCAAAGUUCUGGAGAUCAUCGAAUAUUCAGUGAAAACAGCUAAAGUGGUUUUUGAAGGUAUAAGGGAAAAAGUUAGUGCAACGCAGCUUGUUGAGGCUGACAUCAUCACAGAGAAUGAUCUGAAAGACCUGAGAGAAGGAAAAAAGACUGUGAAAGACGUUACAGAGGAUGAAUCUGUGCAAACUUACCUACAAGGUAAACCAGGCAUUGCUGGUGUGCUGCUUCCUGACUCCCAAGUAAUGUCAAUCUACCAAGCACGACAAAAAGGAAUCUUGAGACCAGGAACGUCACUUGUUCUUUUGGAAGCACAGGCUGCAACGGGAUUCAUAAUUGACCCAAUUGCUAAUCGAAAGUUCUCUGUAGAUGAUGCAGUGAAGGCACGAGUGGUAGGGGUUGAUGUUCAUGCAAAACUAUGCUCAGCAGAGAAGGCAGUGACAGGUUACCAAGAUCCUUACACUGGCAAGAAAAUCUCAUUGUUUCAAGCAAUGCAGAAAGAUUUAAUAGUGAAAGAUCAUGGCAUCCGUUUGCUAGAGGCCCAGAUUGCUACAGGAGGCAUUAUUGAUCCAGUAAACAGCCAUCGCAUUCCAGUUCAUAUUGCUUAUAAACGAGGAUACUUUGAUACUGAAAUGAAUCAGAUCCUUAACGAUCCAACUGAUGACACGAAAGGGUUCUUUGACCCAAAUACUCAUGAAAACCUCACUUACAUGCAGCUUAUGUCUAGAUGUGUCACUGAUCAAAGCACAGGCCUUUGCCUCUUAAAAAUCAAAGGAAAUGACAAGAGAGUUAAGAUAGGGGACAGCAUCAAGGAGACUUUCCAAACCACAUAUGUCUCAGUGAGAUACGGGAGAUUCAGUAACAAGAAAGUGACACUUUGGGAUCUCCUCAACUCUGAAUAUUUGUUCGAGGAGAAAAGGCAGGAGCUGUUAAAAAGUUACAAGUCAAAAAUUAUCACCACUGAAGAAAUCAUUGCAAUAAUUUUAAAGAUCAUUGAGAGUAAAGAAGUACAAAGAAAUGCUGAUCUUAGUGUAGAAGGUCUCAGGGGAAAAGUCUCCAUUCUGGAGCUGCAGAACCUGGGAAUAAUAGAUGAAACAACAUACAAAAAUGUGCUUGAGGGAAAGCUAACAAUUAAAGACCUUACCGAGAUGGGCACUGUGAUGAACUUCCUAAGGGGAACAAGCUGUAUAGCUGGUGUCCUAUUACAAAAGUCUAACCGUAAAAUGAGCAUCUACCAAGCCAAAAAAGAGAACCAUCUUACCCCUGGCACUGCCUUGUGUCUUCUUGAAGCACAGGCUGCCACUGGGUUUAUCAUUGAUCCAAUACAAGCCAAGAAACUCACUGUUGAAGAGGCACUAAAGCAGAAUGUCAUUGUUCCAGAGCUGUAUGAAAAACUGCUGGCUGCUGAGAAAGCUGUGACUGGUUAUAAAGACCCAUAUACUGGAAAGAAAAUUUCACUUUUUGAAGCCAUCAAGAAGGACCUCAUUGUAAAGCAGCAUGGCAUUCGUCUGCUUGAAGCCCAGAUUGCUACAGGUGGCAUUAUUGAUCCAAUCACAUGUUUACAUUUGCCACUUGAUGUUGCUUUCAGAAAGGGCUAUUUUGAUGCAGACUUAAACCAGAUCCUUUCUGAUAAGAGUGAUGACACGAAAGGAUUCUUUUAUCCUACCACGCAAGAAAAUCUGACCUACAUGGAUAUGAUGGCAAGGUGCAUCAAGGAUGCGGAUACUGGUCUUCUCUUUCUUCCAGUCACCGAAAAAGAAAAAACACAAGAAAAAUCACAGAAGUUUCUCUCAGAUUUCGAGAUUAAGGAGGACUUUGAAAAACACAAAGUUGUCAUUCCUGUUGGUCGUUUCUCUGGAAAAUCAAUGUCUCUUUGGGAGAUCCUUCAUUCUGUAUACUUCACAGAUGAACAGAGGCAACAGUACUUUGAAAAGUAUCGUUUGGCCAAAAUAAAUAUCCAGGAUGUUGUCACCAUUGUUACCACAACUAUUGAAACCCUAGAGCAGAAAGAGGCAAACUCUCAAACAACAAUGGGCCUAAGAAAACCUGUUUCUGUUAAACAGUUGCAUGAGUCUGGAAUCAUUGACACCACUACUUACAAACAGCUGCAAAAUGGUAAGGAAACACUUGAAAACAUGCUUAAACUUGAAUCUGUACAAAAGUACUUGAAAGGCACAAGGAGUAUUGCUGGAGUUAAACUUCACCCAUCAGGAAAGGUGUUAAGUGUAUACAAGGCAAAAAAUGAUGGCUUGCUUACUGCUGAUGUAGCAUUGUCCUUGCUUGAGGCUCAGGCAGCGACUGGCUAUGUCAUUGAUCCAAUCAAGAACACACAUCACUCAGUUCUGGAGGCUGUCAAAGCUCAGCUAAUUGGACCAGAGAUACUAGAGCACUUACUACUGGCUGAACGAGCUGUCACUGGUUUCACAGACCCAUACACAAAUGAGCAAAUAUGCUUAUUCGAAGCAAUGAAAAAAGGUCUCAUCCCUCAAAAACAAGGACAAAACCUAUUACAUGCACAGCUUGCCACAGGGGGAAUUGUUGAUCCAAUUGGAAGCCACCGGGUCCCUGUUCAGAUAGCAAUAAAACAAGGAUUCUUGAGCAAAGAGACCAACGAUCUUCUGGCAAACAUUGGAAAAAGUGAAAAUGGCUUUUCAGAUCCCCAAACAAAAGAGCCCCUUAAUUACAGUCAACUCAUGAGCAAAUGUGAAAGGGAUUCAACCACCAGCCUGCUGCUUCUCCCAGUGACGGAAAACAAUGCUGAAAGCUCAGCCUACAAUGAAGAACAAAUAUUAAACGUCUUCAAAGAAAAAUCUGUGAUCACAAAUGCUGGAAAAUUUGCAGACAAACGCGUAUCACUCUGGGAUGCACUAAACUCUGAGUAUAUUUCUGCAGAGAAAAGGAAAGAGUUACUAGACCAAUACAAACAAAACAAACUGUCUAUAGAAGAGAUAACACAAAUAGUGACAGCAAUAAUAAUUGAGGUAACAACAAAAAGGCAUUCUUUCAAAGGUCUAAGAAGACAAGUGUCAGCAAGUGAACUAUUUGAGGCAAAAAUCAUCUCAAAAGAAAUGAUUGGCAAGCUUAUAAACAAUGAAGUCGAUGAUGAAGACAUCAACAACAUGGAGUCAAUCCAAAAAUACCUUGGUGCAACAAAUUGCAUUGCUGGUGUAUUUGUGCAAUCUACUAAACAAACAAUGAGUAUUUUUGAAGCCAAAAAUAAGGGACUCUUAACACCUGGAACCUCUCUGGUUUUACUUGAGGCACAAGCUGCCACUGGCUUUGUUAUUGACCCAGUGAAGAACAAAAAGCUGUCUGUAGAGCAGGCGGUGGCUGAAGGAAUUGUUGGGAUGGAAUGGAAAAGCAAACUGCUCUCUGCUGAACGGGCAGUCACUGGGUACACAGACCCCUACACAGGCAAAACCAUCUCUUUGUUCCAGGCAUUGAAAAAAGAUCUCAUUGUCAAGGAGCACGGUAUUCGUCUAUUAGAAGCUCAGAUCGCCACUGGGGGCAUCAUUGAUCCCAUACACAGCCAUCGUGUUCCAGUAGAGGUGGCUUACCAAAGAGGCUACUUUGAUGAGGAGAUGAACAAGAUCCUUGCUGAUCCAGAUGAUGACACCAAAGGUUUCUUUGAUCCCAACACACAAGAAAACCUCACAUACCUGCAAUUAGUGGAUCGUUGUGUGAGAGACCCCAACACUUGUCUGAGCCUUCUUGUAAUUGUGAAAAAGGGAGAGUAUUACUUCUUCAUUGAUGACCAUACAAAGAACAUUCUUAAGUCCACAACCACAAAGAAAGCAGGAGGUAAAUUCCAAGGGCAGCUGGUGACCCUGUGGGAUCUGCUGUACUCCAGUUAUAUAUCUGAGGAAAAGAGAAGAGAACUGGUGCAACAGUUUAAAUCAGGCACUAUAACUAUUGAACAAUUCCUUGAAAUUGUUCUAACACUGGUGUUACAGAAAUCCGUAACAAGUACCCACACCAUUACCACCACCACCACAACAGAAACAACCCAAAAUACAAAUUUUCAAGGUAUCAGAAAGGAUGUGAGUGCUGAUGAAUUGCUGCAAUCCAAAGUCAUUGAUGAGAAAAUUUACAAAGACCUGACUUCUGGAAAAGUCACAGUUGAUCAUGUAAGCAAAAUGGACUCUGUGCGAAAAUACCUGAAAGGAACAAACAGCAUUGCUGGUGUAUUUGUGCAGUCUACCAAACAGACAAUGAGCAUCUUCGAAGCCAAAAAUAAGGGACUACUGACACCUGGAACAUCUCUGGUUUUGCUUGAGGCUCAGGCUGCCACAGGCUUUGUUAUCGACCCUGUGAAAAAUAAAAAGCUGUCUGUAGAGCAAGCAGUGUCUGAAGGGAUUGUUGGAGUGGAAUGGAAAAACAAACUGCUUUCUGCUGAACGGGCAGUCACAGGUUACACUGAUCCCAACACAGGAAAAAUAAUUUCCUUGUUCCAGGCCUUGAAAAAAGAUCUUAUUGUCAAGGAACAUGGUAUUCGUCUACUAGAGGCUCAGAUUGCUACAGGGGGCAUCAUUGAUCCAGUGUACAGCCAUCGUGUUCCAGUAGAGGUGGCUUACCAAAGAGGCUACUUUGAUGAGGAGAUGAACAAGAUCCUUUCUGAUCCAGAUGAUGACACCAAAGGUUUCUUUGAUCCCAACACACAAGAAAACCUCACAUACCUGCAGCUAGUCGAGCGUUGUGUGAGAGAUCCUAACACUGGCCUGAGCCUUCUCGUAAUUGUGAAAAAGGGAGAGUACUACUUCUUUAUUGAUGAACAUACAAAGAACAUUCUUAAGUCCACAACCACAAAGAAAGCAGGAGGUAAAUACCAAGGGCAGCUGGUGACCCUGUGGGAUCUGCUGUACUCCAGUUAUAUAUCUGAGGAAAAGAGAAGAGAACUGGUGCAACAGUUUAAAUCAGGCACUAUAACUAUUGAACAAUUCCUAGAAAUUGUUCUAACACUGGUGUCACAGAAAUCCGUAACAAGUACCCACACCAUUACCACCACCACCACAACAGAAACAACCCAAAAUACAAAUUUUCAAGGUAUCAGAAAGGAUGUGAGUGCUGAUGAAUUGCUGCAAUCCAAAGUCAUUGAUGAGAAAAUUUACAAAGACCUGACUUCUGGAAAAGUCACAGUUGAUCAUGUAAGCAAAAUGGACUCUGUGCGAAAAUACCUGAAAGGAACAAACAGCAUUGCUGGUGUAUUUGUGCAGUCUACCAAACAGACAAUGAGCAUCUUCGAAGCCAAAAAUAAGGGACUACUGACACCUGGAACAUCUCUGGUUUUGCUUGAGGCUCAGGCUGCCACAGGCUUUGUUAUCGACCCUGUGAAAAAUAAAAAGCUGUCUGUAGAGCAAGCAGUGUCUGAAGGAAUUGUUGGAGUGGAAUGGAAAAACAAACUGCUCUCUGCUGAACGGGCAGUCACAGGUUACACUGAUCCCAACACAGGAAAAAUAAUUUCCUUGUUCCAGGCCUUGAAAAAAGAUCUAAUUGUCAAGGAACAUGGUAUUCGUCUACUAGAGGCUCAGAUUGCUACAGGGGGCAUCAUUGAUCCAGUGUACAGCCAUCGUGUUCCAGUAGAGGUGGCUUACCAAAGAGGCUACUUUGAUGAGGAGAUGAACAAGAUCCUUUCUGAUCCAGAUGAUGACACCAAAUGUUUCUUUGAUCCCAACACACAAGAAAACCUCACAUACCUGCAGCUAGUCGAGCGUUGUGUGAGAGAUCCUAACACUGGCCUGAGCCUUCUCGUAAUUGUGAAAAAGGGAGAGUACUACUUCUUCAUUGAUGAACAUACAAAGAACAUUCUUAAGUCCACAACCACAAAGAAAGCAGGAGGUAAAUACCAAGGGCAGCUGGUGACCCUGUGGGAUCUGCUGUACUCCAGUUAUAUAUCUGAGGAAAAGAGAAGAGAACUGGUGCAACAGUUUAAAUCAGGCACUAUAACUAUUGAACAAUUCCUAGAAAUUGUUCUAACACUGGUGUCACAGAAAUCCGUAACAAGUACCCACACCAUUACCACCACCACUACAACAGAAACAACCCAAAAUACAAAUUUUCAAGGUAUCAGAAAGGAUGUGAGUGCUGAUGAAUUGCUGCAAUCCAAAGUCAUUGAUGAGAAAAUUUACAAAGACCUGACUUCUGGAAAAGUCACAGUUGAUCAUGUAAGCAAAAUGGACUCUGUGCGAAAAUACCUGAAAGGAACAAACAGCAUUGCUGGUGUAUUUGUGCAGUCUACCAAACAGACAAUGAGCAUCUUCGAAGCCAAAAAUAAGGGACUACUGACACCUGGAACAUCUCUGGUUUUGCUUGAGGCUCAGGCUGCCACAGGCUUUGUUAUCGACCCUGUGAAAAAUAAAAAGCUGUCUGUAGAGCAAGCAGUGUCUGAAGGAAUUGUUGGAGUGGAAUGGAAAAACAAACUGCUCUCUGCUGAACGGGCAGUCACAGGUUACACUGAUCCCAACACAGGAAAAAUAAUUUCCUUGUUCCAGGCCUUGAAAAAAGAUCUAAUUGUCAAGGAACAUGGUAUUCGUCUACUAGAGGCUCAGAUUGCUACAGGGGGCAUCAUUGAUCCAGUGUACAGCCAUCGUGUUCCAGUAGAGGUGGCUUACCAAAGAGGCUACUUUGAUGAGGAGAUGAACAAGAUCCUUUCUGAUCCAGAUGAUGACACCAAAUGUUUCUUUGAUCCCAACACACAAGAAAACCUCACAUACCUGCAGCUAGUCGAGCGUUGUGUGAGAGAUCCUAACACUGGCCUGAGCCUUCUCGUAAUUGUGAAAAAGGGAGAGUACUACUUCUUCAUUGAUGAACAUACAAAGAACAUUCUUAAGUCCACAACCACAAAGAAAGCAGGAGGUAAAUACCAAGGGCAGCUGGUGACCCUGUGGGAUCUGCUGUACUCCAGUUAUAUAUCUGAGGAAAAGAGAAGAGAACUGGUGCAACAGUUUAAAUCAGGCACUAUAACUAUUGAACAAUUCCUAGAAAUUGUUCUAACACUGGUGUCACAGAAAUCCGUAACAAGUACCCACACCAUUACCACCACCACUACAACAGAAACAACCCAAAAUACAAAUUUUCAAGGUAUCAGAAAGGAUGUGAGUGCUGAUGAAUUGCUGCAAUCCAAAGUCAUUGAUGAGAAAAUUUACAAAGACCUGACUUCUGGAAAAGUCACAGUUGAUCAUGUAAGCAAAAUGGACUCUGUGCGAAAAUACCUGAAAGGAACAAACAGCAUUGCUGGUGUAUUUGUGCAGUCUACCAAACAGACAAUGAGCAUCUUCGAAGCCAAAAAUAAGGGACUACUGACACCUGGAACAUCUCUGGUUUUGCUUGAGGCUCAGGCUGCCACAGGCUUUGUUAUCGACCCUGUGAAAAAUAAAAAGCUGUCUGUAGAGCAAGCAGUGUCUGAAGGAAUUGUUGGAGUGGAAUGGAAAAACAAACUGCUCUCUGCUGAACGGGCAGUCACAGGUUACACUGAUCCCAACACAGGAAAAAUAAUUUCCUUGUUCCAGGCCUUGAAAAAAGAUCUAAUUGUCAAGGAACAUGGUAUUCGUCUACUAGAGGCUCAGAUUGCUACAGGGGGCAUCAUUGAUCCAGUGUACAGCCAUCGUGUUCCAGUAGAGGUGGCUUACCAAAGAGGCUACUUUGAUGAGGAGAUGAACAAGAUCCUUUCUGAUCCAGAUGAUGACACCAAAUGUUUCUUUGAUCCCAACACACAAGAAAACCUCACAUACCUGCAGCUAGUCGAGCGUUGUGUGAGAGAUCCUAACACUGGCCUGAGCCUUCUCGUAAUUGUGAAAAAGGGAGAGUACUACUUCUUCAUUGAUGAACAUACAAAGAACAUUCUUAAGUCCACAACCACAAAGAAAGCAGGAGGUAAAUACCAAGGGCAGCUGGUGACCCUGUGGGAUCUGCUGUACUCCAGUUAUAUAUCUGAGGAAAAGAGAAGAGAACUGGUGCAACAGUUUAAAUCAGGCACUAUAACUAUUGAACAAUUCCUAGAAAUUGUUCUAACACUGGUGUCACAGAAAUCCGUAACAAGUACCCACACCAUUACCACCACCACUACAACAGAAACAACCCAAAAUACAAAUUUUCAAGGUAUCAGAAAGGAUGUGAGUGCUGAUGAAUUGCUGCAAUCCAAAGUCAUUGAUGAGAAAAUUUACAAAGACCUGACUUCUGGAAAAGUCACAGUUGAUCAUGUAAGCAAAAUGGACUCUGUGCGAAAAUACCUGAAAGGAACAAACAGCAUUGCUGGUGUAUUUGUGCAGUCUACCAAACAGACAAUGAGCAUCUUCGAAGCCAAAAAUAAGGGACUACUGACACCUGGAACAUCUCUGGUUUUGCUUGAGGCUCAGGCUGCCACAGGCUUUGUUAUCGACCCUGUGAAAAAUAAAAAGCUGUCUGUAGAGCAAGCAGUGUCUGAAGGGAUUGUUGGAGUGGAAUGGAAAAACAAACUGCUCUCUGCUGAACGGGCAGUCACAGGUUACACUGAUCCCAACACAGGAAAAAUAAUUUCCUUGUUCCAGGCCUUGAAAAAAGAUCUAAUUGUCAAGGAACAUGGUAUUCGUCUGUUAGAAGCUCAGAUCGCCACUGGGGGCAUCAUUGAUCCCAUAUACAGCCAUCGUGUUCCAGUAGAGGUGGCUUACCAAAGAGGCUACUUUGAUGAGGAGAUGAACAAGAUCCUUGCUGAUCCAGAUGAUGACACCAAAGGUUUCUUUGAUCCCAACACACAAGAAAACCUCACAUACCUGCAGCUAGUCGAGCGUUGUGUGAGAGAUCCUAACACUGGCCUGAGCCUUCUCGUAAUUGUGAAAAAGGGAGAGUACUACUUCUUCAUUGAUGAACAUACAAAGAACAUCCUUAAGUCUACAACAACAAAGAAAGCAGGAGGUAAAUUCCAAGGGCAGCUGGUGACCCUGUGGGAUCUGCUGUACUCCAGUUAUAUAUCUGAGGAAAAGAAAAGAGAACUGGUGCAACAGUUUAAAUCAGGCACUAUAACUAUUAAACAAUUCCUAGAAAUUGUUCUAACACUGGUGUCGCAGAAAUCCGUAACAAGUACCCACACCAUUACCUCCACCACCACAACAGAAACAACCCAAAAUACAAAUUUUCAAGGUAUCAGAAAGGAUGUGAGUGCUGAUGAAUUGCUGCAAUCCAAAGUCAUUGAUGAGAAAAUUUACAAAGACCUGACUUCUGGAAAAGUCACAGUUGAUCAUGUAAGCAAAAUGGACUCUGUGCGAAAAUACCUGAAAGGAACAAACAGCAUUGCUGGUGUAUUUGUGCAGUCUACCAAACAGACAAUGAGCAUCUUCGAAGCCAAAAAUAAGGGACUACUGACACCUGGAACAUCUCUGGUUUUGCUUGAGGCUCAGGCUGCCACAGGCUUUGUUAUCGACCCUGUGAAAAAUAAAAAGCUGUCUGUAGAGCAAGCAGUGUCUGAAGGGAUUGUUGGAGUGGAAUGGAAAAACAAACUGCUCUCUGCUGAACGGGCAGUCACAGGUUACACUGAUCCCAACACAGGAAAAAUAAUUUCCUUGUUCCAGGCCUUGAAAAAAGAUCUAAUUGUCAAGGAACAUGGUAUUCGUCUGUUAGAAGCUCAGAUUGCUACAGGGGGCAUCAUUGAUCCAGUGUACAGCCAUCGUGUUCCAGUAGAGGUGGCUUACCAAAGAAGCUACUUUGAUGAGGAGAUGAACAAGAUCCUUUCUGAUCCAGAUGAUGACACCAAAGGUUUCUUUGAUCCCAACACACAAGAAAACCUCACAUACCUGCAGCUAGUCGAGCGUUGUGUGAGAGAUCCUAACACUGGCCUGAGCCUUCUCGUAAUUGUGAAAAAGGGAGAGUACUACUUCUUUAUUGAUGAACAUACAAAGAACAUUCUUAAGUCCACAACCACAAAGAAAGCAGGAGGUAAAUACCAAGGGCAGCUGGUGACCCUGUGGGAUCUGCUGUACUCCAGUUAUAUAUCUGAGGAAAAGAGAAGAGAACUGGUGCAACAGUUUAAAUCAGGCACUAUAACUAUUGAACAAUUCCUAGAAAUUGUUCUAACACUGGUGUCACAGAAAUCCGUAACAAGUACCCACACCAUUACCACCACCACCACAACAGAAACAACCCAAAAUACAAAUUUUCAAGGUAUCAGAAAGGAUGUGAGUGCUGAUGAAUUGCUGCAAUCCAAAGUCAUUGAUGAGAAAAUUUACAAAGACCUGACUUCUGGAAAAGUCACAGUUGAUCAUGUAAGCAAAAUGGACUCUGUGCGAAAAUACCUGAAAGGAACAAACAGCAUUGCUGGUGUAUUUGUGCAGUCUACCAAACAGACAAUGAGCAUCUUCGAAGCCAAAAAUAAGGGACUACUGACACCUGGAACAUCUCUGGUUUUGCUUGAGGCUCAGGCUGCCACAGGCUUUGUUAUCGACCCUGUGAAAAAUAAAAAGCUGUCUGUAGAGCAAGCAGUGUCUGAAGGGAUUGUUGGAGUGGAAUGGAAAAACAAACUGCUCUCUGCUGAACGGGCAGUCACAGGUUACACUGAUCCCAACACAGGAAAAAUAAUUUCCUUGUUCCAGGCCUUGAAAAAAGAUCUAAUUGUCAAGGAACAUGGUAUUCGUCUACUAGAGGCUCAGAUUGCUACAGGGGGCAUCAUUGAUCCAGUGUACAGCCAUCGUGUUCCAGUAGAGGUGGCUUACCAAAGAGGCUACUUUGAUGAGGAGAUGAACAAGAUCCUUUCUGAUCCAGAUGAUGACACCAAAUGUUUCUUUGAUCCCAACACACAAGAAAACCUCACAUACCUGCAGCUAGUCGAGCGUUGUGUGAGAGAUCCUAACACUGGCCUGAGCCUUCUCGUAAUUGUGAAAAAGGGAGAGUACUACUUCUUCAUUGAUGAACAUACAAAGAACAUUCUUAAGUCCACAACCACAAAGAAAGCAGGAGGUAAAUACCAAGGGCAGCUGGUGACCCUGUGGGAUCUGCUGUACUCCAGUUAUAUAUCUGAGGAAAAGAGAAGAGAACUGGUGCAACAGUUUAAAUCAGGCACUAUAACUAUUGAACAAUUCCUAGAAAUUGUUCUAACACUGGUGUCACAGAAAUCCGUAACAAGUACCCACACCAUUACCACCACCACUACAACAGAAACAACCCAAAAUACAAAUUUUCAAGGUAUCAGAAAGGAUGUGAGUGCUGAUGAAUUGCUGCAAUCCAAAGUCAUUGAUGAGAAAAUUUACAAAGACCUGACUUCUGGAAAAGUCACAGUUGAUCAUGUAAGCAAAAUGGACUCUGUGCGAAAAUACCUGAAAGGAACAAACAGCAUUGCUGGUGUAUUUGUGCAGUCUACCAAACAGACAAUGAGCAUCUUCGAAGCCAAAAAUAAGGGACUACUGACACCUGGAACAUCUCUGGUUUUGCUUGAGGCUCAGGCUGCCACAGGCUUUGUUAUCGACCCUGUGAAAAAUAAAAAGCUGUCUGUAGAGCAAGCAGUGUCUGAAGGGAUUGUUGGAGUGGAAUGGAAAAACAAACUGCUCUCUGCUGAACGGGCAGUCACAGGUUACACUGAUCCCAACACAGGAAAAAUAAUUUCCUUGUUCCAGGCCUUGAAAAAAGAUCUAAUUGUCAAGGAACAUGGUAUUCGUCUGUUAGAAGCUCAGAUCGCCACUGGGGGCAUCAUUGAUCCCAUAUACAGCCAUCGUGUUCCAGUAGAGGUGGCUUACCAAAGAGGCUACUUUGAUGAGGAGAUGAACAAGAUCCUUGCUGAUCCAGAUGAUGACACCAAAGGUUUCUUUGAUCCCAACACACAAGAAAACCUCACAUACCUGCAGCUAGUCGAGCGUUGUGUGAGAGAUCCUAACACUGGCCUGAGCCUUCUCGUAAUUGUGAAAAAGGGAGAGUACUACUUCUUCAUUGAUGAACAUACAAAGAACAUCCUUAAGUCUACAACAACAAAGAAAGCAGGAGGUAAAUUCCAAGGGCAGCUGGUGACCCUGUGGGAUCUGCUGUACUCCAGUUAUAUAUCUGAGGAAAAGAAAAGAGAACUGGUGCAACAGUUUAAAUCAGGCACUAUAACUAUUAAACAAUUCCUAGAAAUUGUUCUAACACUGGUGUCGCAGAAAUCCGUAACAAGUACCCACACCAUUACCUCCACCACCACAACAGAAACAACCCAAAAUACAAAUUUUCAAGGUAUCAGAAAGGAUGUGAGUGCUGAUGAAUUGCUGCAAUCCAAAGUCAUUGAUGAGAAAAUUUACAAAGACCUGACUUCUGGAAAAGUCACAGUUGAUCAUGUAAGCAAAAUGGACUCUGUGCGAAAAUACCUGAAAGGAACAAACAGCAUUGCUGGUGUAUUUGUGCAGUCUACCAAACAGACAAUGAGCAUCUUCGAAGCCAAAAAUAAGGGACUACUGACACCUGGAACAUCUCUGGUUUUGCUUGAGGCUCAGGCUGCCACAGGCUUUGUUAUCGACCCUGUGAAAAAUAAAAAGCUGUCUGUAGAGCAAGCAGUGUCUGAAGGGAUUGUUGGAGUGGAAUGGAAAAACAAACUGCUCUCUGCUGAACGGGCAGUCACAGGUUACACUGAUCCCAACACAGGAAAAAUAAUUUCCUUGUUCCAGGCCUUGAAAAAAGAUCUAAUUGUCAAGGAACAUGGUAUUCGUCUGUUAGAAGCUCAGAUUGCUACAGGGGGCAUCAUUGAUCCAGUGUACAGCCAUCGUGUUCCAGUAGAGGUGGCUUACCAAAGAAGCUACUUUGAUGAGGAGAUGAACAAGAUCCUUGCUGAUCCAGAUGAUGACACCAAAGGUUUCUUUGAUCCCAACACACAAGAAAACCUCACAUACCUGCAGCUAGUCGAGCGUUGUGUGAGAGAUCCUAACACUGGCCUGAGCCUUCUCGUAAUUGUGAAAAAGGGAGAGUACUACUUCUUUAUUGAUGAACAUACAAAGAACAUUCUUAAGUCCACAACCACAAAGAAAGCAGGAGGUAAAUACCAAGGGCAGCUGGUGACCCUGUGGGAUCUGCUGUACUCCAGUUAUAUAUCUGAGGAAAAGAGAAGAGAACUGGUGCAACAGUUUAAAUCAGGCACUAUAACUAUUGAACAAUUCCUAGAAAUUGUUCUAACACUGGUGUCGCAGAAAUCCGUAACAAGUACCCACACCAUUACCUCCACCACCACAACAGAAACAACCCAAAAUACAAAUUUUCAAGGUAUCAGAAAGGAUGUGAGUGCUGAUGAAUUGCUGCAAUCCAAAGUGAUUGAUGAGAAAAUUUACAAAGACCUGACUUCUGGAAAAGUCACAGUUGAUCAUGUAAGCAAAAUGGACUCUGUGCGAAAAUACCUGAAAGGAACAAACAGCAUUGCUGGUGUAUUUGUGCAGUCUACCAAACAGACAAUGAGCAUCUUCGAAGCCAAAAAUAAGGGACUACUGACACCUGGAACAUCUCUGGUUUUGCUUGAGGCUCAGGCUGCCACAGGCUUUGUUAUCGACCCUGUGAAAAAUAAAAAGCUGUCUGUAGAGCAAGCAGUGUCUGAAGGGAUUGUUGGAGUGGAAUGGAAAAACAAACUGCUUUCUGCUGAACGGGCAGUCACAGGUUACACUGAUCCCAACACAGGAAAAAUAAUUUCCUUGUUCCAGGCCUUGAAAAAAGAUCUAAUUGUCAAGGAACAUGGUAUUCGUCUACUAGAGGCUCAGAUUGCUACAGGGGGCAUCAUUGAUCCAGUGUACAGCCAUCGUGUUCCAGUAGAGGUGGCUUACCAAAGAGGCUACUUUGAUGAGGAGAUGAACAAGAUCCUUUCUGAUCCAGAUGAUGACACCAAAGGUUUCUUUGAUCCCAACACACAAGAAAACCUCACAUACCUGCAGCUAGUCGAGCGUUGUGUGAGAGAUCCUAACACUGGCCUGAGCCUUCUCGUAAUUGUGAAAAAGGGAGAGUACUACUUCUUCAUUGAUGAACAUACAAAGAACAUUCUUAAGUCCACAACCACAAAGAAAGCAGGAGGUAAAUACCAAGGGCAGCUGGUGACCCUGUGGGAUCUGCUGUACUCCAGUUAUAUAUCUGAGGAAAAGAGAAGAGAACUGGUGCAACAGUUUAAAUCAGGCACUAUAACUAUUGAACAAUUCCUAGAAAUUGUUCUAACACUGGUGUCACAGAAAUCCGUAACAAGUACCCACACCAUUACCACCACCACCACAACAGAAACAACCCAAAAUACAAAUUUUCAAGGUAUCAGAAAGGAUGUGAGUGCUGAUGAAUUGCUGCAAUCCAAAGUCAUUGAUGAGAAAAUUUACAAAGACCUGACUUCUGGAAAAGUCACAGUUGAUCAUGUAAGCAAAAUGGACUCUGUGCGAAAAUACCUGAAAGGAACAAACAGCAUUGCUGGUGUAUUUGUGCAGUCUACCAAACAGACAAUGAGCAUCUUCGAAGCCAAAAAUAAGGGACUACUGACACCUGGAACAUCUCUGGUUUUGCUUGAGGCUCAGGCUGCCACAGGCUUUGUUAUCGACCCUGUGAAAAAUAAAAAGCUGUCUGUAGAGCAAGCAGUGUCUGAAGGGAUUGUUGGAGUGGAAUGGAAAAACAAACUGCUCUCUGCUGAACGGGCAGUCACAGGUUACACUGAUCCCAACACAGGAAAAAUAAUUUCCUUGUUCCAGGCCUUGAAAAAAGAUCUAAUUGUCAAGGAACAUGGUAUUCGUCUACUAGAGGCUCAGAUUGCUACAGGGGGCAUCAUUGAUCCAGUGUACAGCCAUCGUGUUCCAGUAGAGGUGGCUUACCAAAGAGGCUACUUUGAUGAGGAGAUGAACAAGAUCCUUUCUGAUCCAGAUGAUGACACCAAAGGUUUCUUUGAUCCCAACACACAAGAAAACCUAACAUACCUGCUGCUUGUAGAACGCUGUGUUAAAGACCCAAAAACUGGGCUAAGUCUGCUUGUUUUGAAAAAGUAGAUUUAAAAUCAGAGGCAUCAUGCCAUUUAAGCUAUUCUUGCUUUUAUCAACUCCAAUCACUAUGUUUCUAUGUAUGCUAGAAAUAUGCCAAUAAUACAUCAUAAUCUAUAAAUGCUUGAUUUAAGUGGUUAUUAUUUCCUUACAAAUGUGCAGUGCUAAAUUCUUAAAUCAUCAGUAAAAUGUACAUUUGUGAAUGCUAUUUGUUAAAGAGUGUUGUUAAAUUUAGCAUUUAACCAUUUUAACUCAUGCUUUUUUGCCACAUUCAAAACAUUUAAAUAAACAUACAGUUGUAAUAUA